CCCGGCCUUCGUCGAGAAAUCUUGAAUAUUUCCCGAGAUGCCAUGUGCAAAUAUGUUGAAGACAAUUCUUUGAUUACAACUGACUCCCCAAGUACUAAGAAGAAAAGAAAACUGUGAAGACGUUUAUCAAGUGCAGGAGAUACGCUCUGAUCUUGUUGAUCCUGAUGCUUUGGAAGAAAUAAAACAAGGGACUUGGUCGUGCAAAGAGCUACGGAAACUGGUUUUAAAUAUGGUUCUCCCAAGAACAGCUGACAUCGACAAGAAAGGAAAACGGAAGUGGAAAGUGGCUAGAGUGAGAGACUUUCGGCUUAAAGCAGAGAAACCGUUGUUUUGGCCUCCUCACAUCCCAUUUGUUUCGCCAUCUGCCAGGAUUAAUCAACCUUCAGAGGAUGAUUACGAUGAAGAAGAAUUUGAUGAUAAAACAGAACGCUCGAGAAAAAUUUUAAAUAAGAAAGAACUGAUAGAGAUCGCUCUAUCGUAUGGAGAAUACGUUCAUGAAUUUACUGGACAUGAAAAAAAUGAAGAGACAACACAAUCAUUUGUCAAGGAAGACAAGAGCGAAGAAGAUAAAAGAAGUGAUGAGAGCGAGAAAAGAGGAGAUUUCGAAAACAAAUUUGUUGAUAACGAAGCUGCAUUAAAUAACAUAAAAGAGGAUGAAAGGGAAGAGGAUACACAAUUAGUGAAUUUACAACAGAUGAGAGACAUGUACGAAAAGUAA